AUGUAUGCUUGUCAGUUUUCCAUAUCUCUUACUAAUCAUUUGCCCGCCCUCUCCUCCAGCCCACAUCCUCUGCUUGCACGCCUACAGGCCGGCACACGCCAUACGUGGGGGGCAGCAGCGACGGGGAAGCAGCGACGGGCGAGGCAGCAAGGGGGAAGCAGCGACGGGCGAGGCAGCGAGGGGGAGGCAGCAAGGGGGAGGCAGCGAGGGGGAGGCAGCAAGGGGGAGGCAGCGAGGGGGAGGCAGCGAGGGGGAGGCAGCAAGGGGGAGGCAGCGAGGGGGAGGCAGCAAGGGGGAGGCAGCGAGGGGGAGGCAGCAAGGGGGAGGCAGCGAGGGGGAGGCAGCGAGGGGGAGGCAGCAAGGGGGAGGCAGCGAGGGGGAGGCAGCGAGGGGGAGGCAGCGACGGCUCUGGUGGGAUGGCUUUCGCCGCCGCGGCCAACGUGCACACGGCAAGCAGCAAGGCAGAGUGUGCCUGCCUGCCCUCCCCACACCGGCAGCAGCAAGGCCAGGAGGCAACGCUGUUGCACAACGCAUGGGCGUGGGGAGGCCAGGAGACUGCUGUACCUGUGGGAUGGCGGCAGUGGGAUGACGCACGGCAGGCACCACUGCUGCUGCCCUGCUCAUCACUGCUCACCUGUUGCUGGGAGCACUGCCGUGCCGAGUGCACCUGGAGGGGCGGAGGCUGCUGUACUGCACCUGUCGGAUGGCCUCCCUCUCCCACCUGCGACCCAGCUUAUGGCUAAGGUGACACUGGGGCACAACGCAUGGGCGUGGGGAGGCCAGGAGCUGCAGAGGAGGUGCAGAGGAGAGGAGGUGCAGAGGAGAGGAGGUGCAGAGGAGAGGAGGUGCCAGAAUCACUGA